AUGCUUUUCGAAAGUUCAUUGUGGUCAUCGUCAUCAUCAUCCUUCUCAAUUCAUCAACAACAAGAGAAUCAUCAUUCAUCAUCUCCAAUAACUCUCACCACCACCACUACUACUACUACUACUACUACUACCACUCCAUACUCGAGUAUCGACAACAAUCAAACCCUGACCAUCGUCGACAUUUAUGGUGGAUGCAAUCCCCUUCUUUUUCAAUUAGGUAACUUUUCGCGUGAUGGUCCAACAGUAUUUAAUGGAAUAUGUCCCGACACUUGGCUUGUCUUUUCUUUCAGCAUGACCUUUAUGAUUGGUUAUGUAGUGGUUCUAUUUCUGUGUAGUUUAGGUGUUUACUUGAAGAGGAAUGGAGGACAUUUGAAAUCGAGAGGUCUCGUGAAUAUUGUCAUGACCUUGAUUGCUGACUCGUCUUUCAUCAUUCUCAUUUGUUUGAGAUUCAUUAUUGGACGUCGUUUAUAUCCAUGUGGAUUAUAUAUUAUUAGUUAUUUUGUGUUACCACCAGCAAUUCUACUUCCUUCCAUGCUGAGAUUGUGGAGAUUGAUUUUUAUGAAUCGAUUGAAUGCAUUGAAGACUUGUCGUCAUGCUCCUCCACAACACAAGGUUUUAGAUUCAUCUUUCGAUCCGAAGAAAUAUCUUUCGAAUCACACACAACAUUCCUCUUCACCUAUCAUCAGUACACUGAAUAUGGAAUUGAAUGAAUCUCCUCGCAGUAACCAUACGAUUAGUAUGACUAAUAUUAGUAACAACAAUACUAUGAGUAUGACUAAUAGUAGUAACAAUCAUAAUGGUAAUCCUGACACAAUGACGAGUGCACUCAUGAAUACCAAUAAUACUCAUAAUAAUACCAUUCAAAAAGAUGACACUAUGGAUGCUCUUUGGUGGAAUUCCACUGUUGUGACUACUGAAUUUACACCUUCUCAACAAAAGAGACACAAACUUUAUACUUGGUUUGUUUCAAACCGAUUCAUUGUUUGUGUGUAUUUUGUUUGCUUUUUAUUUCACAUUUUGCUUUACAUCUUUUUUGGAGCCAUCGAGGAAGGAAUUUAUCAGAGUAAUGCAACUAGUAGUAGUUCAGGUAGAUUUAUGAUGGGUUCAAAUGGCGGGCUUUUCAUCUACGAUCGAGGAUGUGUCAUGACGAAUAAUAUUGUGAUUCUGGUGGCUUGUGAAUCUCUCUUUUACAUUAUCAUUGCCAUUGUAUUGUUAAUUCUAUGUUUUAGAAUUGAAAAAGAUACAUGGUUUAUCAAACGUGAAUCCUUAAUCUUGGUGGCCAUUCAAUUUGGCGCCAUUCUAUUAUUUGCCAUUUGUGGAUUUGUUCCAGUGUUUACAAAAAUUACUGAUUUUUUCAUCCCUUAUGGAUUUGUUCUCAUGAGUUAUUCAUUUAGUGAGGUUGUGUUGAGUGUAUUCAUGCCAAUUAUUUAUCAAAUUGUUCUUGAUUCCAAAAAUGGAAACCAUUUCAUAUCCGAUAAGAGAAUGAAACUACACCAACACCAACAACAACACAUCUCUUCCAAAAUCACCAAUACUGGUACUCGAAAGAAUACCUUACGUUCCGAUUUGGAAAGAUUUUUGGAAAAUAGAAAAACCUUUGAAUUAUUACUUGAUUUUGCAAAGAGAUCUUAUUGUCCUGAAAGUGUAUUGUGUUACAAAGAUAUUGAAAGAUUUAAAACAUCAUUGAAACAUCGAAAAACCAUUUCUCUUCACAUUUUGAAAACUUAUUUGAAACCAAAUUCACCUUUGGAAUUGAAUUAUCCCAAACUUGAUCAAAUUCAUGAUGAAAUUAUGAAAAGUAUAAUUGUCGAUGCCAAUUCGAAUUCAAAUUUACCCUCUGCAUCAGUCAUGAUGAGUAAUAAUAGUCAAUCCUCAUCACCCACUUCCAUUCCUCCAAAUUUAUUUGAUGACAUUCAAUUGCAUUGUUUGCAAGACAUGACAGAUGUGUUUGAACGAUUGAAAAGUCAGAGUAAACAAGUUCGUAACAUUCUAAGGGAGUGGAAAGAGGAAGAAGAGAAUAAUAAUCCUCAUCAUCGUGAUGAUGAUGAUGAUUCUAUCACCAUGACCACCAUUGACAUUGGAAAAGAGGUCAAUGGUGGUUGUAAGGAGGAUUCUGGACAGACAGUCAUGGCAACAACCACUACAACAAUCACUCCUAUUACUACAACAACGAUCACCACUGACCCCUCCAUGCAACAACAACAAGUCAACAACAACAACACUUCUCAAACCUCCUCUCCUCUUCUUCUUCCAACAACGAAUCACGCAUCAAUGAAAGCAUCCACAAACCACUCAUCCAAGACACCCUCGAAAGAAACUCCACAAUUCGAAGAGAACAACAAUGUGGAAUACAUCUAA